AUGUUCAUCAGUAUCAGCGCGGCCUAUCGCAACCCGAAACCCUCGGCAAACGUGACGGCUCCAAAGAGGCCCGCAGGCAAAUUCACACCCCAAUUAGCGACGGCGCGGGGCUGGGCCCCGGAUCUGAACACGUUAGAAACGGGGCGACUUCAAGCGAAACUUCGUCCCAAUUUCCCGCCGCACUCCCAAGUAGUGGCGGCUCGUGCCGCAACUAAUACAAAUGCGAAUGACACUCGCACGGGCCGCGCAAAGAGCGAGCCCGCCAUUAUGAAUUCCGGCUUUAUCCGCCGCCAGCUAUUGCCCGGGCGACGCAACCACAGAUUAAACAGACACGAGCGAACCGGCAAAGGAAUCAACGCGAGCACCUCAGCGCUCAGUGCGGGUGUGACC